CAAUUCGUAACCCAAGGGCCACGGGGCAAGGCCAGCAACCGAGCAGACGCCUCUUCUCUCUCUGUUUCUCUUCCCUCCAAAGUCUUUCUCCUCUCUCUCCAAACUAUACAUGCUUUCUUGAUAUAUGUGUAUGUCUAUAUAUGUAUGGUUAGCGUAAUCUAGCAGAUACGGUUUCCUUUAGUUCCUUCUGAUUAUUUCAAUCUAAAGUCAACAUGCAAGUAUUGGAUCAACCAAGUUGAUUCAGAAUCGAGGUAGCGAGAACUUUGAAGCUUUGGGGGAAGCACACAAAUAGAUUGAAACAGAGUUUGAGAGGAAAAAAAAAAUGAAGAAAGAAGAGCAAGCUCGGUCUCUGUUUGGAAUCUCUAUUUCUCACAGACCCACAUGGCAACAGUUCCUUAUUUGUUCUUCUGGGUUCUUCUUUGGUUAUCUCGUGAAUGGCAUCUGUGAGGAAUAUGUGUACAAUAGGCUCCAAUUCAGUUAUGGUUGGUACUUCACAUUUGUACAAGGGUGGGUUUAUCUUUUUCUGAUUUACUUUCAAGGCUUCACCCCCAAGCAAAUGGUGAACCCAUGGAAGACUUAUGUGAAGCUCUCUGCAGUGCUUAUGGGUUCACAUGGACUUACCAAAGGGUCUUUGGCUUUUCUUAAUUACCCAGCGCAGCUCAUGUUUAAAUCCACCAAGGUUCUGCCAGUGAUGAUAAUGGGGGCCUUUAUACCCGGUUUGAGGCGGAAGUACCCACCUCAUGAAUACUUAUCUGCCAUACUUUUAGUAGUGGGCUUGAUCCUUUUCACUUUAGCGGAUGCACAAACUUCACCAAAUUUCAGCAUAAUCGGUGUUUUAAUGGUAUCUGGUGCGCUAAUUAUGGAUGCGUUUCUUGGUAAUUUGCAAGAAGCAAUCUUUACCAUGAAUCCUGAAACCACACAGAUGGAGAUGCUAUUUUGCUCUACCGUUGUAGGUUUGCCUUUCUUGAUCCCACCGAUGCUUUUGACAGGUGAAUUAUUCAGGGCAUGGAGUUCAUGUUCUCAGCAUCUUUAUGUGUAUGGUGUGUUGAUCUUUGAAGCCAUGGCCACCUUUAUAGGCCAAAUCUCUGUGCUUUCCCUCAUUGCCUUAUUUGGUGCAGCCACCACUGCUAUGGUGACAACAGCGAGGAAGGCCGUUACAUUACUGCUAUCGUAUUUGAUAUUUACAAAGCCAUUAACCGAACAGCAUGGGACUGGACUGCUGUUGAUAUCAAUGGGGAUUAUAAUGAAGCUGUUGCCCGAAAACAAGCUGCCCAAGAGGUCAACAACAACCUCAUCUUCCAUCCCCAAGAUUGAAAAACCUUCAUAUAGUGAAGAAAACAGAAUUCAAAUAGAUAUUGAAGAGGAGGAAGAAAAUCGACCGUUGGUCUCAAAAUAAGCUCUUAUGUUUAAAUGUCAUUUCCUUUUUUUCUUGUCUGAUUUUGCUUUUUUUUUUUUUAUAAGUAUUUGCAAGUAGUACAAGUAGGAAGAUGUCUGCAGGUUCUUUAUCCUUCCCUCCUCUUCCGGUAUUUGAAUAAAUAUAAAUAAAAAAGCGGGAGUGAUAAAAAAGAUGCGGGGACGUAUGUAUGCUUUACUAGUCAAGUUUGGGCUAAUUUAUAGAUUUUUGGGUCCAGUGUAUCGUUAGGGUAUGUUUGUUUCGAGUAUAAAAUUUAGGUGGUAUAAGAUUUUAUAUUCAUUUCAUUA